GCGUCGUUUCUGCUUUCGCAGGUCUCGUGCGUGCUCUCAUCAGCAGCAUCCAUCCAUCAUCAAUCGACCCGGGCGAAAUGACGCGGCGCGCAUUACUGGCCCGCGCGCAGGGCACAGCCAACAACAUCCAUGAACAAACUUCACUGGGAUACUGCAAAGCAUCGUCGACGGAAAAGCAGAGGAUAGAGAUCUGUCGUGAGGAAUCCUUGUAAUUGUGCCCUUACAAGGUGUCAGUCCUUACCCAUGUCGCUCCCAGUGAACCGAAGGCCAUCUGCUGGUUCCCGCAGAAGGUCUGCUGCCCCAAGCAGCACUCGACACUCACAUGGGGACUCGACUGUCCGUAGCGGUUACUCAACAGCAUCCUGCAAAUGCACAGAGAGCAAUACUGUACCACGCUCCAACCCAGCCACACCACGACGGCAGGCAAAGUAUGCAACCUGUAGUGAGAAUCACGGGAUCCGUCCACCAGCUCCUGAGCAGUAUCUCACCCCACUGCAGCAGAAGGAAGUGUGUAUUCGUCACUUACGAGCUCGGCUGAAAGAAAAUGUGGAGAGGCUUCAGGACCGAGACUCUGAGAUCGAGGAGUUACGGAUGCAGCUGACUCGGAUGCAGGAGGACUGGAUAGAGGAGGAAUGUCAUCGCAUAGAGGCCCAGCUGGCCCUAAAAAAGGCCCGGAAGGAGAUCCAGCAGCUUCAGCAGGCUGUUGAAACAGUUAGGUCCAAUCUGGGGGUCCAUGAGGCAGAACAACAGGACUGUAAGUCUGAAGGUCUAGGUGUCGGUAGGAUAGGCCAACGAAUUGGGGCGUCUAGGUCUUGUGGCUGCUCUCCAGCCCACACCAUGAGUCGCAGCGCCACCUUCACCAGGCUGAGCAGUGAUACGUCACCUUGUGCUACAGAUCGCAAUGGAAACGUACUUUCCGAUCGCUAUAUUCCCGCCAACAGAGGGGCAAUGACGUUACCGAGGGGUGACGGACGUACUCAUCUACUUCUGGAGGCAGCUUUACUGUCUGAACAAGUUCCUCACGCAACGCUAUGCUCCACUUUGUCGCGAUCAUCCACCUGCGAGAGAUUGUGCAGCGGAGAGACGGUGUUGCCCGUUAGUCGAUCCUGUCAUGCUAUUAACAACAACUGUAGCUGUGGUCCACAUGCCUACCUCCCACACCACCAUCUGUUUCUGCACCUCCCACAGGAGGAAGCACCACCUCCUCCACCUCCGCCUCCUCCUCCAGCACCGCCAACAGCACCCCCUAGUGCAUCCGAAGUAAGUGACAGGCCAGGGUACCGCUCACAGGCCUGCAGCCCCACCAUAACCUGGAUCUCCGAAGAGGGCGGAGGAGAGGAAUUGAGCAUCAUCGCUUCAGCAACUUGCGCACCAGACGUUACUUUAGCUGAACCACAGGUGUUUUCGCCAUCCUCGGCCACUACUUCACCUGCACAGAUGUCCUACAUCACAGAAACUUUACCGCUAGACAGCACAGUUGAAUUUACAUCAUCAACAGCAACACCAACAGUGUUGACCAAGCCACAGGUUCAGCAACCUUGUCCCAGAGCGUCGCCACCUCUCGAGCUGCCACCACAGGAAACAACCGUAGUAAAGGUCAAUGAUGAAGAUGGAGUGGGGGAGGAUGCAGAAUCAGCUCCCCCUCAGAGGAGCCACUGGAGCCGCUAUUUCCUGAUCGACCUCAUAGCGGUGGCCGUUCCCGUAGUUCCGACAUUGGCGUGGCUUUGCCGAGGGUCACGGAAUGAAGGCAUGCCCAUGUACAACAUGGGCUCCCUGUUACGCGGCUGCUGUGCCGUUGCACUGCACUCUCUUAGACGGGUUGGCAGUGGCUGUGGUCGCGGCCCCUCGGGAACAGGAAGAGCGACACCUAUCUGAUAACCCUAGCAUUACCAUACCAUCAAAAAACUUUUAACUGGAUCUUGGGCCUCAUUUAUAAAGCGUGCAUACACACAGAUUUGAGUGUGCGUACGCUAAAAUCCAAACGUUAAUAUUUGUAAAAAUGGUCUUUGAUGUGGAAAAGUGCUUAGCGUCAUGUCAGGGUCUGAGCAGACGUACGCACUUUUCCUUGUCAGAGUACUGCAGGUUUUUGGAAAUCUAAGCUAUUCUUGCAGCUCGCCAUUCUAAAUGAAAGGAUUUGGACAAUGACUGGUGAUCUUGUAUAUGUACACGACAUUAAUUUGGUGUCGUUUACAAGGCGGAGAACUGAAACCAUUCAGCUGCGUGCAAGUUCAAGAUCAUUUGCGAUUUAUAGAUUUCACAUAUGAAAGAGAGGCGUACGCUCGUUUUCUGUGUGUACGUUUAUUCUAUGAAUCUCACGUACGCAGUGUUGGGGAAAGUUACUUUGCAUGCAUUACUCCCUAAAAAAGUAACUAAUUGCAUUACGUAGUUACUUUUUAUGAAAAGUAAUGUGUUACAUUACUUUUGCGUUACUUUUUCUCACUUUGGCUUGCUUGUUUGUUUUUUAAUAACAACAAAAAAGUUCUACUUUUGGCAAAUGUUAAGGCCCUAUCACACCAAAACUGAAAUGAAUAAGCCUCAGGCUGAAGGAAAAGCAUAUUCACGUCUAUACAGUAGAGGGCGCAGCUCAAACAAACCUUUCAGCUGUGCUGCCAUUCUGGAGAAUAGGAUACAGUAGAAGGAAGUUCAACACUCUUAUUUCUAAAUCUAAUAUAAAGUAAUUUUUGCUUAUUAGUAUGGUUGAAUUGGACCAUUGAAGGUCAGCAGCAAAGACUUAAUAAAGUGAAAUUAAAUACAUAAAGUAUAUUUGUGUAAUUCAAUACAGUUAAUUAUUACAGGUUAGCGUAAAAUUCUGAGAUUGCAUUUCACCUUUUUUAUUCAUUUUGAGGAAUACUGAAUGUUUUCCUGCAAGUGAGAUGAGUAAAUUCAUGUUCACAUUUAGUCUAGAACUACAAUAGUAGUGCACACAACACCUCUGUACUUACCCUUUUUCUCUCAACAUGGUGACUGGUGAGCUGUCAAUCAAUAAGUGUGAAAACAAAGAAACUUGCAUUACUUAUUUGAGAAAAAGUAACUCAGGUAUUUUGUUGUAAAUUGAAAAAGUAUUGCGUUACUUUACUAGUUACUUGAAAAAAGUAAUCUGAUUACGUAACUCAAGUUACUUGUAAUGUGUUAACCCCAACACUGCACGUACGCACAUCUGAGUAAUGACUGUAAGAUCAAAUUUAGGAUGGUUUCUGCGCAACAUUUUAUAAAUGAGGCCCCUUGUGUGGACUCUUUGUCCUUGAUCUCCCAGCAGGUAAUAUCUUUGAACCAAGGAGGCUUAAAUAUGUCUUUGGUUCAAAUCCUUGUUUGGGACAAAGAUCGAGGGAAUGUGGCCCUAAUUUGCACAGACAAAAGUUUCAAGGCUCAUUUCCACCAUUUGUUUUUCUUUUCCUUCUGGUUCUCUUAUCUGCUUUAUUUCCUCCCUUUCUUGGCUGAAACUCAGCAGGCAGUACACAGUCAAAAGUAGCUGUAAACAGCACUGACCAAACAGUCCAAGCUACACAAUGUACAGAAGUUUAGGCCUUUUAAGCACAAAUUUUAAUUAAAUGCCUUAAGAAUUAUUUUUAUUCAGUUCAUCCAAGUAAAAAAAAUGUACUACUGAAUGAAUGACCUUGGUCCAUCACUGUCAGUUUAAGUAAAUUUUCAACAUUCCCCCUAUGGGAUUUUAGUGAUAUGACAUUUAUUCACUGACAUUAGGUGUCAGACAAGAAUGUGUAAAUAAUUUGAAAUAUUCUCAUGUAAACUGUUCCAUUGCAAUGAAUUACAGUAAUUCUGCUCAAGUUUCAUGAAUGAGGCCCAUUCACAGGAAAACUUGUUACUUUAAAGUUGCAUGUAACUUUAGGUAGGUUACAUAGACAUGGGUGCUCAUGAAAAGAGGAAAUCCAUAGCUCAAACCAAUUAACAGAGCUAGGCUUUCAAAUUUUAAACCUUUACAUACCUGUUGCUAAGCACCCAUUGUCAAUCCAUCUUAUUUCAUAAAAUAAUAACACAAGAAGCAUUAGGUAUCUCUAAAAAAUAUGCUUCACUCAUUACAUAGAAUUAAAACUUCACAUGAAAAUGCCUAAAUGUGGAGUGUUAUGUGGAUCACUAUGAUGUCAUUCUAGACUUUUCUACUCAAGUUCGUUUUAUCACUUGCACAACUGUGCUUCAUAUAUGAGCAAAAGAGAUUUUGAAACUGCUUUACUGUGCAUUUGCAUAAUAUUUAUGGAUUUUUGAAUUGUAGUACAGCUUGUUUGCUAAAAAUGCCAAAUUGUAUUGAUAAAGCAAUGGAAGGUGAUGGCCUAAGAUGACUUUAUUAAUCUGUUCUUUGGGUGGUAGAUUUUCAUUUAUUUUUAACUCAGUCUCAGGUGGAACUCAGGUGAAUAGUACUAGAGAGGAUGCAAAAUUAGUCAAAACCAUGCCAAAAUAUUAAUUCAUUAGAAACACUAAGGUUAUAAACAUAACAGUGGUUGUGAAGAUGUACAUUUACUGUCAUAAAAGUCGUUUUUAGAUUUUUUGAUCAACGCAUCGCUUCAAACCCAAUGGGUCUAACUAUUGCAUGCAUCCAGAUUUCAGUAAUUCAUGCAUUUGUAAAACAAAGUCUUGUUUAUUUGAAGUAAAACAAAAGAACAAAACCAGAUAAUUAUAGCGUUCCAGUUGAUUAUUGUAAGGGCUUAGAAUGCAUGUUAGCACAAGAAUUCCUAGUAGUUAACUAUCAGCAAACUUAUAGAUUCUAUUUCAUGUAGACAUUUGAAUAACUCAUGCUGAUUUGAAGAGCAACGUAUGAUUGUGUAUUUAGACAGAGCCUGUCUGCACUCAACCCUAAUUGUAAAUUUGGAUUGUUUGGUUCAAUUGCACCUUGAAAAUUAAAGUGUUUCAUUAAAAUGACAUGGCUUCUGUUGUGCUAAUGACUUUUUUUAUUUGCAUUGUCCUAGACUGUAGUGAUGGGUGCUUUCGAAACUGCUUCAUGAAGCUUCGAAACCUUUACAAAUCUUUUGUUUCAAAUCCGUGGUUUGUAGUGUGUUUCAAAGUCAAGUGAUUUCAGUAAACAAGGCUUAACUGUUUCGAAUCAUUUUAAAAUUUCAAUGGUUCAUCCCUGGCGGUGAUCUCUGUGAACCCAUGAACAAGUGUCUAUAGUUUUUACCUGAUCUCUGAUCAGUUUUAUGCACUUGUAGGCGUUUUAAUGAGGCAUUUGUAUAAUUAAAAGGAACAAUGGUAGUUAAUAGUCUCUUAUUUGCCUGUUUAGCUGAGCCAUCCACAAAACAAACAAAACAAGCCCUGAAAAUUGAUAAAAGAACACAUAUUACGCAGACACUUAAUAUUUAAUGAUAUUAGAUGAUUAGUUAAUUGUAUUUGAUAGAUUAUACUUUCAAUAAAACACUUGAAAUGGGUUUUUAAAAGCUGCUUUAUGCUUGUUUGGCCUGAGUUUUUGUUGCAUUUACACUGUUUUGAUGUGGUGGGGUGGGGCUAUCCAGCACAAAAUACACACUAUCAGAGACAGGGACCAAAUGACUGUCAAAAUGUCCUGCCAUUUAUCGUCAUAUGACAAUGAUGCACCUGCAAACACACCAUUCCAGUUUCCCAAUCAACACAUCAGAGACCAGCUUGAUCUUUUUAUAAACAAUUUAUUUUCAAGUAGUUUGUUUUAUACUUAACCAGAUUUCCCCACCAGAGUACUUAUUACCAGCUCAGCCAAAACCCUGUUGCUGUGAUCGCGUUUACAACACAGAAAUCAAAUAUAAAAAGAGAGGAGAGGAGAAAAAAAAAAAAAAAAAAAAAAAAAUGAAAUAAAA